AAUUCUAUUUUUCCUUGGCGCCGAUAUAAACAAAUAUGGCACCGCCCAGCAAAAUCGAAGGGCUGCCUCCGUCUGCUGUCCGACUAAUUGGAAGUGGUCAAGUCAUUACUAGUGUUUUCAGUGUUGUAAAAGAAUUGAUAGAAAAUUCUGUUGAUGCUGGUGCAACUGCUAUUGACAUAAAAUUGGAUAACUAUGGACUCGACAGAAUUGAAAUCAUUGAUAAUGGCUGUGGUGUCAAGGUGGAAGAUGUUCCUUUCAUGGCUAAAAGACAUUACACCUCAAAGAUAACAUCAACUGAUGAUUUAUUGUCUCUGCACUCAUAUGGUUUCAGGGGAGAAGCAUUAGCCUCAUUGUGCUCUGUUGCUGAUGUCACCAUCACGACCAAAACCAAGACAGAUGACUUAAGCUACACAUACACAAUCGACAAAGAAGGAAAUGUCUCAGACAGAAAGCCCUCCCACUUAGGACAAGGUACCACUGUUUGUGCUCGCAACUUGUUUGCCACUUUGCCAGUGAGACGGCAGUAUUACAAUAGCUCACAACGCAGAAAAGAUGAUGUUAAGAGGGUGGAGGAAGUUCUCAUUGCCUAUGGCAUCAUAAAACCCCAGUUGCGUAUUACACUGAAGCACGGGAAAGAUCUCAUAUGGCAGAAGGCAACCAUGAAUGAUAGUAAGGCUGUGCUUCAGCAUGUCCUGGGCAGACAAAUUGUUAAUAGUAUGCUGAACAUCACCAGAGAACUGGAAACACCAAAGGUGUCCUUGACAGUGUUCAUUCCUAAGGCUGGAACUGAUGUUAAAGCCAUGUCAAGAUCAAGCUCAGACAGAACUUUCCUUGUAGUUAAUAACAGACCUGUGCAUGUGAAAGAGUUUGUGAAGGUCUUGCGACAGUACUAUGAUAACUGCCAUGCCUGUGAAUCUGUCAGACACCCAAUAUGUUAUGUAUCCGUCACACUACCAACUCAGGAAGUGGAUGUCAAUGUUGAUCCAAACAAAACCACAGUUUUUCUUCAAAACAUGCAUGAGGUUCGAAAUCUUUUAGAAGAGAUUUUGCUGGAGGUAUAUGGGCCGCUAGAAAAUGUUCCGUCUUGGCACUAUGCCGAGUCUGCCCCACCAGCUGGAAAACAGACAAGAGCAGAUGAAGAGGAUGGCAGUAGAAGUCACAAUGUGAAGAGACAACCAUGCGGGCUAUUGAAAGCUGAUUCAAGAAAAAGUAGUCAAGACCAGACAGACAUUCAGCACAGAAAUUACUCUGUGGCAAGAGGGGAAAAUUCCAGUCCUUGUAUAGUGGAUGACAAUAAAGAAGAUGAUUUGAGUAACGGUAUGUCUCACAAAAGAGAGUCCUUGGAUUCUGACCUCAACCACAACAGGCAAGAGUCUUUGACCUGUGCAGAAAAGACAAAUACAUCUGUUGAGGCCAGUAAUAGGGCAGGGCAGCAGAGUGACUCAGUUGAAGCAGCUGCGAGUGUCAACAUGACAAGUGAGAAUGAAAUUCUUUUAGAUGAUUUUGACAGUGAAGCGUUUUUCAAAGAUUUACUCAGUGAAGAAGUGGAGGGCACAGGUGUUAAUGACAGCAGUAAGACAGAUGCCACAAAUGCCACAAGCUGCAGCUUGUCGAAUAUGAAUGAAAACCUCGCAGGAAGCAGCAACUCGUCUGUUCCUUCAGAGACUGCCUGUGGUGUUCUUACUUUGAAUACUCAAGUAGAUCCAGCUGGGGGCGAAAAUUUAGCACCUAGUGAGGGCAGCGCAAAGGAGGCCACUGUUGUCUCUGCAGACUCCUGGAGCAGAGGUCAAGGCCUUGGGCACUGUGAUGGCACACCUGUCCAGCCAGUGCGGCUGUUGUGCCCAACAUCACGGCAAGUGCCGGGCAAACGUCCACUGUCUCCAUCAGCUGAACCCAGCCCGGGACCUUCCAAGAGUGCCAAGCUGCAUAUCCUACCACCAAAUCAAAUGACGCUACAUGAUGUUGUAGGGAGCAGUGGAGAUGGAGGAGGAACGAGUCCAGUCACUCCUUUUACUCACUACUGCAAAGAACAGAGGAUGCUUAAGUUCGACCUUUUCUCAAGUCAAAGUGAAGAGGAAGUUACUCAGACACUGAAGGCAGCAUGGAUGAAGCUCAGCAAUGACGACAGGGUGAAGUACAGGGAUGAUCACUGGCAAGACGUUCAAAGGCGCAGGAAAGAAAUGGAAGCGAAAUCUAAACAGACCAGCAACUCAAAGAAAGCCCAAGUGAAUGUGAGGGAUGAAGUUGCUGACCUUGCAUCCCAGAGUCAAGCCAAAAAAACGAAAAAGGUUUUGAAAAACAGACUUUAUAAUGCAGAAAAACUGAUCAGUUUCUCACUGAAGCAAGUGAAAGACAUCACAGAGUCCCAUAAUCAGGAAGGAGACAGGGCCAAUUUUCCUGAUCCUCGGGUCAUUGGUUCUCUUCAAACAUGUGAUGUCUGGGCAGUGGUUCUGUCCAGUCAGCUGAGUUUGGUUAAUGCCCAGCGUCUGUCUGAGAUGCUGCUUUACAAGAAACUGACCAAUGAGCAUAAGCUGCAGGCAACACCCUGCACUGUGCCAGUCUCUUUGGAUGCCAGAAAUGUCGGAGAGGAUCUUUGGCCUACCCUAGAAGAAUUGGCACAGAAAAACCAUGCUGGUGAAAACAUUUUCCAUAUAACUGAUGAGAGAGUCACAGCCAAUGGCUUUGAUGUGAAAUGUUGCACAGAUGCCAAUGGUAAAUUAGAAGCAGAGCUUGCAGGUGUAUGUGACCUCAUUCCUACCUACAACAUCAGCGAUUUCUCAGAAGUUCUCAGGAACAUUUCAAAGCAGCCCUCUGCUCCACUAGGCCAGAUGAGGCCUCUGAAAGUUCAAUACUACCUGCAGGGAGAAGCAGUACGAAUGGUGCUACAGCUCAAAGCCAGCAUGUCAGCCACAGACCUGGAGAAUAGUCUCUGUGACCUGAAUCCGUGUGCGGCAGAUGUCCAGUGUAUUCACCAUAGACCUGUUUUUCACUCGCUGUUUGAUUUGUCAACUUUGUAACAAAGUUGGAAUAUUCAGCAUUCAUGGAGCAAGGACUUCUUGGAUGUGUGUCAUCCAUCCUGAAGUGCUGAUCAUCUAAAACUUUCAGUCUCCUGAUAUGGUCAGCCUAUAAUUCAACAUGCUAUUGAUUUUUUAGGACUCUGGUUUUAGCCCAUUGGUCCAAUACCUUGAAGUGGUAUUUGUAAAAUCUCUUUGUUGUUAUCCCAUAGAGUUUAUUGUCAUUGUCUGAUCCCAGGAGAGAACAGUAACUUGCAAUCUUUCUGGAAAGCCUCUAGAUCAAGCAUUUGCUAGCUUGUCCAAGUCAAGGGUCGGAUUAAGCAGUUCCAAAUAUCUCUUGGGCCAAUGCUGGAGAAAAUUGGUUGAAAUAUUCAAGCUCUCAAAAGUGAGACUAGUACUGACAGUACAAUAUGUUAGCUCACUCGAGAAAGUUUCGUGAAAUGAAAUAAAAUAUUAGAUCUAUUGCUUCCAGCUGGCCCAGAAACUAGUACUAUUAAUUUCCAGACAGAAAUUAAUUUUUAUUUAUUAUAAACUCACCAAAAGCCAUAUUCAAUAUUGAUUUAAUUAGCGAGUCAAAUCACGGGCUGGAUCUGGCCUGCGGGCCAGUUUAUACCCAUGCCUGCUUUAGAUGGUACCCCAAAACAAAUGCUAGAUGUGAUUUAAGACAAAGAACCUGGAGGAAGCAGCUGUCCUCAGCUAUUACUUUCCACUUUACUGCCUGUGACCCCCAGUGCUUAGAUUUUUCAGAUUUUACAGUCUCACCAUCAGUUACUUCAGUAUAUUUACAGUUUACGGGCAGUGAAUAUUUCCUUUCCACUUAGUUACACAGACCCCCCCCCCCCCCCUCUUCUUUGUUCCGUCACCAAGAGCUAUAAAUGUCUAAACAGCUCCCAGUUUGAAUUAUAUGCAAGGGCCCAAAUCAGAAUGCUCCCAGAAUGUGUAUAUCUUCUCUCAAUGAUGUCAUUCAUGUGAAAUGAGUAAAUAAUGUGUUUUUUUCCUUCUGGAAUCAAGGCCUUGCUCCAUGCUCUAAAAAAGUGAAGGCAGUACAAUUUUUGUUGCAACUGGACAACCUAUAUUAUAUCAGCUCCCAGGGACCUGCUAUGCAGUGUAACUAUUUCUACCAUUUUUCAUGAAGCAUCUCAUUUACAUCUCUAUCUCUGUCAAAUUAUAUUCUCACAGGUGGCCGACAGAGACUUUAGCAUAAUCUGAUCCUUCCAAUGCCUUUCACUGAUGUCAUUAUCCUAAUUGGUGCCUGUUAGAUUGUUACCCCAAAACAAAUGCUCGAUGUGAUUUCAGACACUGUACACUACAAGUCAAGUUUUCUCAAAUAGUCCAAGAAUGUCGCGUGAGCAUCUUACAGGUCUUAUUGUAGACAUAACCAGUCCUACAAGAAGUCUUAGACAACGAGUCAUUAGUAAAUUAUAGGUGCAUCCAGCUUUUGUAGUUUCAGGUCUUCUUUUGAGACAUAUAUAAUUAUAUGUAUGGAUAAUUGAAUAAAAUAAUGAAUUCAUUGACGUUGUAUGCAUCAUUCAAGAUGACACAUGUGCUCUCUUUUUUAAACAACUUUAUUUUGGAGAAAAUUUCUUUUUUCAAUUCAUUACAAUUACAAUGCUAAUACAAUUUACAAAAACAAUAAAGAUGACUGUGAACGUAA